AUGACUAUCAACACAACCACCUACGAGAAAACCCCCUGGCCAAUAGAGCUACUCGAAAAGCCCUCCGACUCCGAGCCCGAAUCAGAAUCCGACUCCGAGCCCAAACCCGAAUCUAAACCCACCUUUUCCCCCCACGACGGCCGAUACAUGCGGACGCUUCUCCCAGUUCUCGACGCCGCCUUCGCCGCCGAGUCCGUUGGCAACGUCGGCGCCGUCUCAGACUCGUCCAGCCGCGACCCCGAAGCCGACGCCGGCGAUGCCGCCUACGAUACUACUGAUCUGGCGAGCUGGCGGACCUGGACAGACGUGACAGGGGAGUGGAGGACUGUGGCGCUGUUUCUGGGGAGUGAGGAUGACGGCGCGGCGGUGAGGAUUAGGAGGAGGGAUGGGGUGGAGGUUGUCGUUGAUGUGGAGAGGUUGGGGGUGGGGGAUAGGGGGUUGGUGGCUAUGGAGAGUGAGAGCUAG